AUGCCCGAAUCCGAGGCCCAGGGACAACCGACCGUGUCAGCCCCGGCUACGCCAGGGAACGCCGGAGCACUGUUUUCGUCGCUGAAGGUGGAUUCUUCCUAUGAUCGGAAGUCAUAUGCCAAGAAUGCAAGUGCCUUUGGCCGGUUAAAUGCCCCAUUCCUGGGUCAAAACUCACAUCGGUGCUUCACGGACUUCCCUGCACCAGACCGAUUGGUUGAUCGAAAACUUGGAGCAGAAUUUGUGGGGAACUUCAUCCUGAUAUUUGCGGCAACAGCAGGACCCAUAGUGAACCAAAAGUACAGUGGAGUGGAGACAUUGAUAGGGAACGCAGCAUGUUCAGGGCUAGCAGUGAUGAUAGUUAUUCUAUCUACCGGACAUAUACGGGAAGCUCAACUUAAAACCCAGCCCUCGACCAUUGCCUUUGCAGCUCUCCCGUCACUUUCCUGGGUGCAAAGUGCCUGGCCUACAAGCUGCUAAGUACGCCUCCAUAUGUGCUUCUUCGCUCUAAAAGGAGUUUUCCACCCUUUCAUGUCUGGUGGUGUUUACUAAUUCCGUCCGUUCAGCACUGGCCAAGCUUUGGCUCUCGAUUUUCUCAUCACUUUCAAAUCUUGUUGUCCCGUCACCGAGGCCGUCGCCACUGAUACCCGUGCUGUGGGAGAGUUGGCAGGAAUUGCAGUUGGAGCAACUGUUGCGCUAAACAUUCUUGUUGCGGGUCCAUCAAGCGGCGCUUCAAUGAAUCCUGUGAGAACUCUAGGCCCAGCUGUAGCUGCGGGAAAUUAGCAAAGCAAAUGGAUAUACUUGGUGGCACCUAUAUUAGGGGGUCUCGGCUGGGUGGCAUACCUGUACACAGGCUUGAAAGCUCCGAGAGGAGAAGAGCAGAUUCCACCACGCCAAGUGAGAAGCUUUCCCGUCGUUAAGCUUCCCUACCUAAACGUAACAGGAGACUUGGGAUUUAUCCCUUUGGGUUACCUGGACGUGCAAUUGAGCCUUGGCCGUGAAGUGGAUGUACCCUGUGCUGGAGAGGAUAAGUCCCAGGAACAAGAACGCUGGAAAUUUUUGCUCCGCAUGCAUAAUAACUAUGCUGGAAAUGGUCUUGUAUACUCGCAAGUGGAUGUCACCUUGGUAAUCAAUUGGGGGGAGUCCGACCCUGGUAGUGAAGGCCGCGAGCCAGAAUUUAAGGCUGUUACCCAGAUGUUGUGGUGGCAAUCUCCCUCUCCUCCGUGGGCGUCCUGCCAUGGAGAUAAGAUUCUAACUGCAUCUCAAAAUGAGGAGUCCUUUUGCGUGACGGAGUCAAAAGUCCACAGUGGCAACAGUUUGCAAGAGCAAUGCCACAGCAGAUACAGCCUCUGUUUCGGACAAUAA